CCAUUGCCUCAGUUGCAAGAAAGGCUAUGAAACCACACACAACCUCUGAUUCACCAAGAGUUUCUAAUGCAAAUGGAGCUGCUACCAAAGCACAAGAAAUAGUAAUAUCAGAAACAGAUACACCAAACGGAACUGAUACAAAAGAAUCACCACAAGGGGAUGAAGAUUUUGUGGUUGCUGUGGUUUUGUUGGUAGUUUUUUGUGUUAGCAUUGAACAAAGUUGGACAAGUUAA